CUUAUGUACAUACAUGUAAAUAUGAAUCGUUUUUUGGGGGUAACUUCCACCUAAGGGUUAGUUUUUUUUUGUUGGGUUAUUAUUAAAUAGGAAAUAAAGUGAGUAAGGUGAAAUGAUCAUUAAACAACCUUCCAGAUACUAAGCUAGAAAAAUGUUAAUUAUAUAAAGUGAUGGUUGUUUCCUUUCAAGCAAGGGUAAGCGUCAACUAAAAGCUUUAAACCGUUUUUAACAAUUUCUUUAAUACACAUUACUUAAAAUCAUAGUAUGCGCUGAGUUUUAUGAAACGAUGUAUGAUCCCUUUCCUUAGAAACCAUCGUUUUCCGCGCUAAGAACGGUAAGUAUGAAUGAAAAAACAGCAACGUCGCGCGGACAAAUUCGUGACCACCGUUCACAAACACAACCGUUGAACGGAACACACGCUUCGGGAAACAUAAGCGAACGAAGAACAAGAAAACGCUGCCGGGCAGCAUCGCAAAAAGAAGAAGAAACGAAGCAACCCUGCAAAACUGUGCACAACCGUAAAGCGAGCAUAGGUAGGAAGAAAAAGAAAAGCGUUUCUUCGUUCGUGUGUGUGUGUGUGUCAGAAGGGAAAGGGCAAACAACAGUCGGCGGUGCGGCGCGGUUUCCGAAGUGCAUUUAAUGAGCCGUACACACGGUCGCACACAAGCGCACACAUGCCGUAGUGUUCGUUUGAUUGGCACGGCACACCAACACUAGCGUAGCGCAACGAAAGUGCGCUAUAGCGCCACCGUCGUCGUCACGCGUCGUCGCGAGCUAGUGUGAAGAAGCGGAAGAAGCUGUCAGGAAGAAAACGACACACCGUUCGUAGUGGGAAGAAGAAUACACGGACUCUCGUGCUCGCAACGUUGAUGGUGCAGCAAGAAGAGGUAGAAGCAACAUAACAGCAAAAAAAGCAAUCGAUGAUGAUGACGACGAGACGACGUAGAUGAGAAAGUUUAAUUGUAGUCCGUUUCUCUCUCUCGCAAGUGAGCGAGUGUGUGCGUGCGGACAAAGAGGAAAGAGGAAGAGCGAGAGGGGAGAGUGACUCGUUCCUGCAGGUUGAACGUGUGAGUGUGUGUGCAGGAGAAAAAAAAUUUGCAGCACAGUACGGAAAAAGACCUAAAAUCGGUGAUUGUGUUGCAGAAUUUCAGCAUCCACAAGAAGUCCAGGCAGAAAGGCAAAUAGUUUUUGGUUUAAGAAAAAAAUAUACAUAUAUGUCCCAAUCACAAACCACACGAUGCAAAGGUAUGAAAACGCUGAGCCUAAGUUUGUGAAGGAGUUUAUAGAACUGUACAAAAGUUUUCCAUGCCUGUGGCAUCAGCAGUCCAAUCAGUAUGAGCAUGAGAAGCAGAAAGCUUAUGAAGCGCUAGUACAGAAAUACCGCGAAGUUGAUCCGCAAGCAACCAAGGAAACGGUUAAGCGGAAGAUUAACACACUUCGGACCAGUUACCGGAAGCAGUUGAGGCGGCUCCAACGGUCGUUCAAGGCGGGUACGAACCGUCAACCGACUUGGUGGUAUUUUGAGCUGUUUAGCUUCUUAGACGACUAUCCCAAAUGGUUAAAACAAGACGAUUUGGCGCAAUCUGCCCAUUCCGAGUCGCUGGAUGAUGAGUACGACGAUGACACAGUUGAAAAUGACGGUACAAGAGUAGUGGAAGAAUUCUACAUAACGCCGCAGCCACUCACAGCUCAACAGACAGAAUCGUGUAGCGAUCAGUCUCAUCUACGAUCUCAAUCACUUGUGACUUUACCACAUGAUCUAGAUCUAGAAGAGCUAGUGCAGCAGCAAUUGAACGCCUUCUUUCAGAAUGAACCUUCAGUUGUAUACGGAAAACAUGUCGCCCACAAGCUACGAUCACUGAGCGAUCAACAGAACAAGUUCGCCCAGAAGCUUAUCAACGAUAUCAUAUUCGAGGCAGAGAUGGGAAGUUUGACCAGAUGUUAUACGCUUGUGGGGAUGGAAAGCAACGAAUUGGACGUGAUGGACGAGGAAGUAGCUACUCAGCAUACUACACAUUCGAAAUAGUUGCCACUAGUGAACACUAGGAACGUUUCAUUUUCAUAAGAUUAUUUUAUGGGAUUAAACUAGGUCCGAAGGUACUUGAAACAUGAAUUUUACUUAUCUAUUCUAUAGUACGAUCUCCAAUCAACAAUAAAGUACGGGAGUUGCGCUUUGGUUUAUUCAUGAUGGCAUGAUGUUUGUAUGAAACGGGAGAAGAAUCUCCGCAGGUGUUUUUAGGUAGUUUGAUGUGCCUUUGAAGUGGAGCUAAUAACAAAUUAAGUCAAUAAAGUAAAUAAAAAAGUAUUCCAAUGCUGUUUACUGUCAUUCUUUUGUGUAAUAAGAAGUGGUCAAAAUAGCGGAAGUUAUCAAACAAAUUGUUCUUUUGAAAAGCAAGGAAGCGACGCCGUUAUUUCCCCAUCGUGUAGUAGUAGCGCGCUACUUUUGCGUCGCCUGCGUUUGCAUGCAGAAUAAGCCGUCGGGAACUGGGAAUUGUAGGUUGUUGUUUGUAAAAAUAAAUGUAUUAAAAAGAAACAUAUUUCCACUGAAAUAAGUACAAAUUGUAGCAUCUUUUCGUAGGUUAGGAAACAUCAAUUGCCUAGCAAACAGUUUCUGGUCCCGGGGUGUUUUUUUUUAUUUCGCGAUAUACUACACUCAGUUAGGGCGGUUAUUCUGCGGAAACGCAAAAAUCUACAUGCCCGAAAAAAUAUAUUCACAUACACACACACCAGUACUAACCCUGCCUGCUACCGUACUGUCUCUGUGUGUGUCGAUAUGAAUGAAUAACAUAAAUCAUUUCAACUUGUUCGCAGUUGUGUGAGUGUAUGCUGGUGCGUUGCGGCUCAUUCGGGUCGGUUUUUUGCGCCUGCCUAAUGUUGUUUUUUGUUCUUUAUGUUUUUGGCAUACAACCCCCCCAUGCUCUGCUCUGUGCGGCCGUCGUCAUCCGACGAACGCUUUUUUAUGUUGGCCGUCAUUCCGCUACACUCUGCGCUGGUGUCGCUCUCUUUCUCUCUCUCUCUCUGCGCUACCUCCGCUUCAACCUUCACCUUUGCGUCUCUACAUAUACAGCCGCUUCUUAUGCUAUUUCGGUCUGUUUCCCUUCUUCUACCGUCGCACUACUUCAUACCGUACUGUUUCCAACACCCCGGGCUUCCCGUCAUCCUACGUCAUUCGCUUUCAUUUCGCUCUACCUUCUCUACUAUGCGAUCAAAGCGUACGCACACACAGCAACACCGUAUACAAUCCACAAUACGCUCCAAUACAUAGCCGGUCGUCGGUGGAAUGGAAAGGAAAAGUGCGUGCGAGUGUGCGUGGAGUGUGUGUUGCGGAGGGUGAGUGGAAUCGGGGCAGGAUGGUUAGCCGGGGCAGCCUGCCUGCCUGUGCUGUCGGGUGACGGCCAAUGCUUUCGAUUAUCUCACCACUUUUCAUCCGCUCCCGCUUUCCCCCAUGCAUAAAUGCCGUCCCUGCCCUGCCUUGCCAUGUGUCGGUAGCCCGUCAGCACAUAAGCGAGAUUGUGUCAGCGCCCGCUAAGAGCAAAACACAAACUACGAAGCAAACGAGAAGAAGAAGAAGAGCGCUCGGAUAUUGUGUACGCGUGUGCGAGUGUGUGUGAGUUGGUGGAACACAGUUUACCGUUGUAUUGCGCAUCUCUCUCUCUCUCUCGCAUUGCUUCGCCGUGGCUAUUUUCUCUUUCUCUGCUUCGAUCGCAUCGUAGCGUGCGGCGGUAAAAUGGUUGUUGGCUAAAAUGGUGGGCAUUUGUUUGUGUUCGUCGGUCGCGGCACAACGUCGUUCUGCUGUCGUUCGUCUCGCAGCAAUUUUUACAGUUUCUCUACACUCUAGUUGCAUACAGUUUUGUGAAAUUGAAAAUUCAACACCUCAAAAAUUAGUAACACCACUCAACACGGGGGUGCGUUUGCGUAAUGCGCAGGGGGAAAAUUGUAUUACAUUACAGUUGAGUUGUCAGCGAAUAAAAAAACGCAAGUGUGGCGUAGUGGAGAGUGUGUGAUCGUUUUUCGAGCUAUCGAUAACGGAAUGCGGAAUGCCAAAAAGGCCAUUUAAAUCGUGAAAAGCAAAGCUAAAUGUGUGGCAAAAGUGUAAAUUUACAGUCAACCCGUGCCAAAAAUUAAAAGCGAAGGGCCCACUUGCCCCAUACUCGGUACUAGGUUUUUGUGGUGGUGCGUGUUGAAAUUGAUGAAAAUAUUUGUUUUUAAAUAGUGUGCUGAAAGUUUUGUGCGGAAGUGUGAUUUGAAAACAAAUUGAUUUACCUAGCCAGAACAAGCCAGUUUGGAGCAGUGUCGUUCGUGUAGCAUUAAACUUAAACGAACUCCAAUUGUCCGUCGGCAUAACAUACGUGCCGAGUGGUUUGAAGCAAAGCGAGUUUGUUAUUCAUGAAGUAAAAAAAAAUAACGUUCUCUUAAUCCAAAUUACAUUUCUGAUGUAUUUUGUCUGUAAAAACCAAGUGUUUGUGUGUACAGUUAAAUAACCAACCACCGACGGGUGUUUGAAAAUAAAUCAACACGAAUUAAAUUAAUGUGCUAAACUGCAAUACGAAGUUGAUAGUAAGCAAAAUAGCGAGAAAAAGUAAAAAAAAAACACGCAGCAAAGCUGCCUGCGA